AGAAAGGCGCGAGGCGGCUGGCGUGGGGGACUGUUGGAGUAGCCAUGUUGGGGCGGGCGAGGCUAGGCGGCGUGGCAGUCCUGCGGGCUCUCCAGCCCCUUGCCGCGGACCAUGGCUGCUUGGCAGCAGGAGCCGCCGCCUCCGCCGCGCUCCCGCACAGGCGAAAUUAUGCAGCUAAGACUUCUGAGUCUGCCAAAUCUGGUACUGCAACAGGGCGUAUUGUUGCAAUUAUUGGUGCUGUUGUUGAUGUCCAGUUUGAUGAAGGCCUUCCUCCAAUUCUCAAUGCCCUGGAAGCGUCAGGCCGUGAAACUAGAUUGGUGUUGGAAGUUGCUCAGCACCUUGGUGAAAAUACUGUUCGAACAAUUGCCAUGGAUGGCACUGAAGGCUUAACCCGCGGGCAGAGAGUUCUGGACACAGGUGCACCUAUAAAAAUUCCAGUUGGGCCAGAAACACUGGGAAGGAUCAUGAAUGUAAUUGGUGAGCCAAUUGAUGAAAGAGGACCUAUUGCAACGAAACAGUUUGCAUCUAUUCAUGCUGAAGCUCCUGAAUUUCAAGAUAUGAGCGUUGAGCAAGAAAUUCUUGUGACUGGUAUUAAGGUUGUAGAUUUAUUGGCUCCAUAUGCCAAAGGAGGUAAAAUUGGGGAGCGUACACGAGAGGGUAAUGACUUGUAUAAUGAAAUGAUUGAAUCUGGUGUCAUCAACCUGAAGGAUGCCACUUCCAAGGUUUCACUUGUGUAUGGUCAAAUGAAUGAGCCUCCAGGUGCCCGUGCCAGAGUAGCCCUGACUGGUUUGACAGUUGCUGAAUAUUUCCGUGAUCAAGAAGGACAGGAUGUGCUUCUCUUUAUCGAUAAUAUCUUCAGAUUUACCCAGGCUGGUUCAGAGGUGUCUGCACUUCUUGGUCGUAUCCCCUCUGCUGUAGGGUAUCAGCCAACGUUGGCUACUGACAUGGGAACAAUGCAGGAAAGAAUAACUACUACUAAAAAGGGAUCAAUUACAUCAGUACAGGCUAUCUACGUACCAGCUGAUGACUUGACUGACCCUGCUCCAGCUACUACUUUUGCACAUUUAGAUGCUACUACAGUAUUAUCCCGUGCCAUUGCUGAACUGGGUAUCUAUCCAGCAGUGGACCCUCUGGAUUCUACUUCACGUAUCAUGGACCCUAACAUUGUUGGCAGAGAGCAUUAUGAUGUGGCUCGUGGUGUACAGAAGAUUCUUCAGGAUUACAAAUCCCUUCAAGAUAUUAUUGCUAUUUUGGGAAUGGAUGAAUUGUCUGAGGAAGAUAAACUAACUGUAUCCCGGGCUCGAAAAAUCCAGAGGUUUUUGUCUCAGCCUUUCCAGGUUGCUGAAGUCUUCACUGGCCAUGCUGGAAAAUUGGUGCCUUUGAAGGAAACAAUCAAGGGAUUCAAGAGCAUUUUAUCUGCUGCCAAAUCCUUGCCUCUCACUUGGGACAUCUCUAACCUUUUUCAAGAAUUAUGUUCCAGACUCCCCUUUGUUUGGGCAGAAAAGUUUUCUUGCAGUUUGGUGCCUGCUCUUCUCUGCCCACCCAUCCCGGUUACUGGUCAACUCCCUCCACCUACCAAGCAAUACCCUCUCAAACCUGAAGCCGUGGACACGGUGACAAAUGUGGCUCCCCACGUUAAUCCUCCUGGCAAAUGUACCUGAUGCAGCCUCCUGGGACCCGCCUUUGGUAAAUGUCACGAAAGCCACCUGCUUCAAAGCUGGCCAGUAUGUGCAACUCUCUACAGGAGGCAGCAUAAAGAAACUAGACACUUGGUUUAUCCCCAGACCGGAUUACCUGGUACCAAGGUCCCAAUCCGACUACCACAGCCUGGGAGCAGUCUUCGGCUCCAUCACUGCAUCUGGACUGUAACUGGGUAUUUAGCUUCAGAGGAUGUGGGCACACACAUAUAGGAUCCCCAAUUUCGGGAUGCAAGAUCACAGAAUGUUGGGAAAAGGACCAAAGGACAGUGUCAAUUUAAGGAUACCCCCCUAGAACCAACAAACUAUUUCCAGGUCCUCGGAUGGAUCAGUCAAGAUUCACACCAUUUAUGAAGCCGCUAAUGGGUUGGGAGAAUAUAGGUGUGAAUGUUUGUGGGAGAGUUGGGCACUUUUCAUUAACCUAACUGUGUCUGUAGAUGCAGGAUGAAUGGAUGUUCCUCCUCCGCUGCGGGAACCUGGGAUGGAGGGACGUUAUUGUCAAGUUAAAUGUUUACAUUGUACUGAUAUACAAUAUUAUAACCUGACCACUUAUGGAUACUCCCUGCCUACUAUCUGUCCGGCACUGUAGCCUACACCACCAGAUGGCAUUAUCUAAGUAGGCCCCAAUGAAACGCUUUUGUAUGAUGCCCUUAUGGUCUCUGUUCAGGUUAAAUAUGAUUUGUCCAGAUUUUUGGCACCCUUGCGAAAUGUGUGCUCAGAUCACCCCAGCUCCCUGCAA